AGGCGUCAUCGACUCCCACCUGGUGAUGCACCAGCUGACCUGCAACGGCGUACUGGAAGGCAUCCGUAUCUGUCGCAAGGGCUUCCCCAACCGCAUGGUGUACCACGACUUCCGUCACCGCUAUGUGAUCCUGGCACCCAAGGAGAUGAAGGAGAAGAAGGAGGACCGUGACGCCUGUGACGUCUGCCUCAAGAAAAUUGACCUUGACUCCGAUAAGUUCCGUCUGGGGCUUACUAAGGUAGCGUGGCCGCUGGUCCCCAUCUUGAUGGAUCUUAAUCGCAGACCAGGUUUUCGUCCUGCGGCUGCCGGCAGCGGCGGAAGUUUUCAGCGUAUUUGUAUUUUUUGCAGAUAG